GACAAACUCUCAAGUCCGAUCAGAAACGAGAACAAAAGAGAAGAGAUUGAAUUUUGGUGGCACCAUGUUCAAGAGAGACGACUACAUUCUGGCAGGGUUUCGCCCGAUCCAUGCUUCUGCGUAAACCCAUUUCAGAAACUGCAGAAUUACGCAAGACUUUUGCGGACUACUCCUUAAUUUCUCGAGAUUUAGGUCCAAAGAUUCUGAUAGGAGCCAACGAUAAGGACAAUUUCAGAAAAGAGAAAGAUCGUGUAGGUAGUAGAUACAGAGUCCAAGGAGCCUUCCCGGGUCUGUAUGAGCUCGGUCAUGACCAUGGCCGAAAAGAUGAUGUUCUUGUGGCUAAUCUUGGUCAACCUGAAAGCAUUAGAUCUCGGCUCCGUGGCAACCGAACUGAAGAGAAGAAGUAUGAUUCUGCAGAAGAGAGAGAGGUCAGUUCUGAUGCAGCUGAGAAGGAGAUUAAUUCUCUUCCAUCUAUACUUAGACUCAGUCCGUCCAGACCUCAACCGGUUUCAGAGAGACAUGAUGACAUUGUUGAUGAGUCUGACUCUGCUUCUGUUUGUGGAGUCUUACUAGAAGAUGGUACUACUUGCACUACAAUUCCAAUCAAAGGAAGAAAGAGAUGCGCAGAGCAUAAAGGGAAGAAGCUUUCACGUGUUUCCCCCGAAAAUCACAUACCGUGUGAAGUUCCCACCGCAAGAGAAUCCAAAGAAACUGAGGAUACAUGUGGAGUGAUUUUACCUGAUAUGUGGCUCUUUGGUAGAAAACAAGAAGCUGAAGUAGGACCGUUUUCAGCAUGGAAUAUUACUGGCACAUAUAAAGACUACUUAUCAAAAGUGGGUAUCUCAGGAACUUGGAAGUUUCUGAAUUCCGUAAAUAGCUCUUCAAAAUUCCAAGACUUUCAAAAAGAAAUGUGGCUCUUUGGUAGAAAACAAGAAGCUGAAGUAGGACCGUUUUCAGCAUGGAAUAUUACUGGCACAUAUAAAGACUACUUAUCAAAAGUGGGUAUCUCAGGAACUUGGAAGUUUCUGAAUUCCGUAAAUAGCUCUUCAAAAUUCCAAGACUUUCAAAAAGAAAUGUGGCUCUUUGGUAGAAAACAAGAAGCUGAAGUAGGACCGUUUUCAGCAUGGAAUAUUACUGGCACAUAUAAAGACUACUUAUCAAAAGUGGGUAUCUCAGGAACUUGGAAGUUUCUGAAUUCCGUAAAUAGCUCUUCAAAAUUCCAAGACUUUCAAAAAGAAAUGCUUGGAAUUAUCUCCUCUCAAGUCUUUCAAGAAUCUGCAAGAGACAGAUUACUGAAACGGAAACUUUUCCAAUACGGUUUACUUUUCAGCUACUCUGAUCUUCGAUUCUCUUGUACUUCAGCUCCAGUACUAAAUGAGAUGGAGAAGCACUGUAAUAUCGAAAUAGCAGCUCAAGUAUCCCGUGUGGCUUCUAGUGAAAAUAAUGGAGACAAAAAUUAUUAUCGCAUGGAAGGAUUGAUGGAGAGUCCUGGGGGAAUUUCUACCUCAAGACAAUUGCAGGCGAGUGAAGAGCCUGUAUCAUCACCUUUGUCAUCUCCAGCUCUGUUGGGUAGUGGAAAAGAAGAUGAGCAGAAGAUUAUCCCAAAGCGUCAGAAAGUUCAGGCUGUCCUCAAGUCCAUGAAGCAGAGUCCUAGGAAGGUCAACCUGGUUGCAGCACUAGUCCGUGGCAUGCGUGUCAAACGGGCUUCACAAACCGUGUACCGGGUUAUCCACGCUGCCCUGGGAAAUGCUACUCAUAAUCAUGGACUAGAUCCUGACCGUCUCCUUGUUGUCUCAAGCUACACCGCGGUGGCUAAAGCGAUCAUGGUUCUCUUCUCGCCUCGAAAUAUCAUUCGUUGGGAACUGGAACAGAUUUACGAGACAGCUAAAAAGGAGAUGGCCUCCUUGGAACGUAAGUGGGAAGAGCAGAUCGAGACAACUAAAAAGGAGAUAGCUUCCUUGGAACGUAAGUGGGAAGAGCAGAUCAAGACAUGUGAAAAGGUGGACGAGCUGAUCGAGACAUGUAGAUUGAUCUUGGAACAGCAGAAGAAGAAAUACAUAUUGAUCUCUUACGCUUUAACCGAGAUUAAAUCCAUGGCUUCACGAACGGGGUUGGAUCCUCAGGAAAUUAAAGAAAUGUGCAGAAAUCUUGAAAGCAAACAAGAUAAGAAAUCAUUGAAUCUGUCCCCAGAUGACAAUAUGCAUGUGGAGGGGUUUGCACUAAGUGUCUUUGCAAAGGCAGACAAGCAGGAUCGUGCAGGAAGAGCUGACUUGGGCACUGCCAAAACUUUUUAUGCUGCGGCAAUCUUCUUUGAAACUCUGAGCCAGUUUGGCCCUGUACCUCCUGAUAUAGAGCAGAAACAGAAGUACGCUGCUUGGAAGGCUGCUGACAUAAGGAAAGCCAUUAAAGAAGGAAGGAAGCCCACUCCAGGUGAUCCUGUUGAUGAUGAUAAUGAUUUACCCAUCCCAUCAAGCGGUCCUAGUGGCUCCUAUGAUCACGGUGCAAAUGUCCCGCCUCCACCACCGUCUUCUUACCCUUCCAACGAUCUCCUUCCCCCUCCCACGGGACCAUCAGACUCCCCUUACCAGCAUCCUUACAGUCAUCAACCAUACCACCAAGACCCGUCACAACACAUGCCGCCACCACAAAACUACUCAGCCCAUGAGCCUUCUCCAAAUUCUCUCCCCAAUUUCCAAUCUUAUCCUAGCUUCAGUGAGAGCAGCCUCCCAUCCACUCCUCCCCACUACCCUUCUCACUACCAAAACCCAGAACCUUACUAUUCUUCUCCGCAUUCCGCACCUGCUCCUUCUUCCGCAAGCUUCUCCUCUGCUCCUCCUCCUCCACCUUACUCAUCAAACGGGCGUAUCAAUAUUGCUCCUGUGCUAGAUCCUGCACCGAGUCCAGCUCAGAAGUACCAUUACGACAGCAGCUACCAGCCAGGGCCUGAGAAGGUUGCAGAGGCACACAAGGCUGCUAGAUUCGCUGUGGGAGCUUUGGCUUUUGAUGAAGUCUCGACUGCUGUAGAACAUCUCAAGAAGUCACUUGAGUUGCUAACAAAUCCAUCGGCCGGUGCCGGUCACUGAAUUUUAUAUUUAAUCUGUGAAACUUGGGGUUGAUGUUAGUGCGUGUGUGUGCUCACAAUCACAUCGUGGGUUUGUUUAUUAACUUUUCAGGCUCAGACUUCGUGUACAAAGAAAAAUGGUGUGAAUUA